AUGGGAUGUGAUGGUGGAACUAUUCCUAAAAGGCAUGAGUUGGUAAAAGGCCCAAAGAAAGUUGAGAAGGUAUGUAGUGUUAUAGCUAGCUAGCCUUAACGUAGCAGGCGUAAAAUAAACGAGCUAACUGUCUGUCCAACACGCGUUAGCUUGUUAGUAUUUUAUUUGCUAACGGGUGUUUACACGUUUAGCUAACUAACUGGCUUAGCUAGCUAACGUUCGGGGUGUUUUGUUAAAAUCAGGGAAGCGUGAGUCCACCCAAACUGAACUAAUGUUAGAUACAUUACAUUUAUACAUUUAGCUAGCUAGCUAGCUUUCGUUUAUUAACUAGCUAACGUUAGCUCGUUAAUACGCCGUGCUCACACAAUCAGCUAAUAGGUAGCAUUUCAUGUCAGAUAGCCUCCGAGUCUCAGCAAUAACAAACCAUCAACAUAAAACAUAGCUGAGAUGCUUUGGCACGUAGCUAACAUGUACCCCAUUCAUAAACGCGAACUGCUUUAGCUUUAGCGCCUAUUGACGUCGUCAAUGACGAUGAUAUAUUCUGACCGAGGGAAUUUAGUUAAGAGCCCCAACGCUUGCUCUAAACCAGGGUUCUUCAAUUCCGGUCCUGGAGGGCCGAAACACCUGUUUUUCAUCCUCUCCUUCUAAUCAGGGGCUAAUUUAGACCUGGGACACCAGGUGAGUGCAAUUAACUACCAGGUAGAGAAAUAAAAAACAGAAGUGUUUCGGCCUUCCAGGACCGGAAUUGAAGAACCCUGCUCUAAACGUUAACACGCAUAGUUGAGGUCCGUGGAAACAGAAGGAACGGAGCAACCUUUCAUAUCAGAGAGAAAUCAUUUUCAAAAAACUUAAGGUUAAAUUACUACACACCAUUUAUAUAGGGUUAGUGUUCCCACACGGCAAUAUCUCCAUGUUACAGCGCUUUGUAACGGAAAACAGACGAUACAGAGUGGACUAGCUAGCUACCUUUGCUAAUUAGCGAUGUGAGUCUCCGAACAACCUUUUUUUUUUUCUUUCGGUUACUGGCACUACGCUCUUAACCACUUAAGCUACCUGCCGCUUUUACCUGUGUGUAAAAGGAAGACUGACGCCAAAGGUGUUGUCACUGAAAAAUACUGUCAGCUGCAACUGUGUUUAAACCAGGUGUUGGAACCGGUUCUGGGAACAGAACCAGAAAAUAACGACAAUUUUUGAAGAUCAGAAACGGGAGUGAAAGUGAUCUACACUGUUCCGGAACAAAGACCCGUUAUUUUAAAAGCAUGGGGACCGGUUAAUAACAUUAUUUUACAAUUGGGGCAUUUUUUCACAAAAAACGCAACAAGGCGUCUAUGUCAAAGCCCUCACUCUGUCACGCAGAAAUGUAUUCCAGUGUAUGCCUGUCUGUCAGUCUUUGCUAGUGUGUGUGUGUGUGUGUGUGUGUGAUGUGUGUAGGCAGCGUGAUUUAUGUUUCUAGAACCGAAACAGAACAUGUAAGGUUCUUGGACUAAGGAGUAACGUUAGGCUCUUUUAGGCCAUUAUUGGGCUAGCUAACAAGGAGCUUUAUGGCACAGGUGGUAGCUAACGUUAGUGCAGUGGACCUGCAUCUCAAUCACAGAGUUGCUGCAUGGCUGUUCCCCCUCUAUCACUACUCUUGCAAGCGAAGUAUUUCAGAUAUAACCAAAUGCAACGGAACAGUUCGGUGGGCAGAAGCUAAAUUGAAUGUGUAAAUCUUUCUUCACUACAGGUUGACAAAAAUGCAGCGCUUGCUGCCCAGUGGAAGUACUGUGCUCUCAGUACAGAGAAACUCAGGCGCCCUAUUGUUGCUUGUGAUCUGGGAAGGUGAGAACUCUUUUCAUCAGUUUGUUGUUGUGAACUAGUCAUAUAGUAUGACACCAUUAUGUAUCUAGCUAUCUACAAUCUUUUGUGUUGGCAUUAUCAUUCUCUUAGCUGGCCCUAUUGAAUCAUUUGAUAUCAUCUAGCAUAUUAUUAAAAUUGCGUGCAGCAUUAAAUGGAGCCGAAUACUAGUAGUGAGGUAUAAGUUACUUUUAGAUACUUCUAUCACACAUGGAUUCUGUAAUCGAAAUGCUAUUCUUUCUUACAGACUUUAUAACAAAGAUGCCGUGAUUGAGUACCUUCUGGAUAAAUCUGCCGAUAGACCCAACAGCGAGGUUGUAUCACACCUUCGUGGCAUUAAGGUAUGGUAAUUCUCCAUGAUUUCAGCUGAGGCCACAUAUCAUUGCAUUAUCUAAAGUGACUCAAAGUUGUGUGUGUCAUUCCACAGGAUAUAAAGGAGCUGAACCUGACUGACAACCCAGCCUGGGAGGGCGAGAGGAGGAACACCAAAGGGGACCGCUAUGAGGACAUGCACUGUGCCAUGUUCAUCUGUCCUGUGGUGGGCCUGGAGAUGAAUGGCAAACAUAGGUACGGG